CGUUUCUGAGGGGCGGCAUAAAGAAAACACCGACGGCGGACGCCGCCUCACAUCUGUACCGCCGGCUUUUGUGAUGGGUUCUUCGCUUGCUUGCGGUUUACUUCUGACGAAAUAAAGAUGACUACGAAAUCGCCGAGAAAGUCAAACUUUCCCGGCUCGUUGACUGACCUGCACCGGUUUCGACGCACUGCACACGGUCAUGAUGGAUCCAGCAGGAUUGUCAUGGUGCGCAAAACCGAUCAGAGGACAUUUGCGUCCAUACAGAACGGAAAGGAACCUAUGUUGGAAACUGUUACGAGGGAAACCAUUGAGACUUUUAGGGGACAACGCACUGCUUGCAAGAUUACCACUGAGAAGAAGAAUAGAGAGGAGACGGUACCGCCUGAUUUGGUGGAGACCUUAGCUGAAAAAGCAGAUAGGUCAAGGCGGGGUACCCCAGUAAAAACUUCAAAAAAUUUACAGGCUAAAACUCUCGAACAAUUUCAAACCGAAUGCCUACAAGAUCAUAACAUGUACAGACGGAGACAUGGUGUGCCGCCUUUAAAAUUAAACAAACAAAUGUGUAAGAGCUGCCUGGAUCAUGCAACUUUUUUGCUCAAAAAGAAUAAUCUACAACACAGCAGCAACAAGAAAUACGGUGAAAAUAUCUACUUUAUUUCAUCACCGUCUCUCAAUCCGAAUACUGAUAUCAAAGGAAGUGAGCCGGUUGACAUGUGGUACCGCGAAGUGAAGAAGCAUGACUUUACCAAGGAACCAACACUUCUAUCAACGGGACAUUUUACGCAGGUAGUAUGGAAGGAGAGCCAAGAACUUGGCGUGGCGUUUGUUGCCGCGAAGGGUAAACUUGUCGUGGUCGCACAGUAUUAUCCUCCGGGGAAUAUCAUUGGGUCGUUUGUCGAAAACGUCCCACCACUUGUGACGAACAUUAACAACAACAAUUGCAUAUCGACGCUGAACAUUUCCAAGACGGCGAAGAGUAGCUUCAAUGCCGCCAUUUUAGACGCACAUAAUAAAUAUCGCAUGUUACAUGGCGCACGCCCGCUUGAGUUGGACGCUAACUUGUGUAGGUUUAGCGAAGAAUGGGCAAAGAUGUGUGCUGAACGUGGUAUAAUGGAACAUCGCAAGAAUAAUCCCUAUGGUGAGAAUAUUUUCUGUAUUCACAAUGCCGAUCCAAACUUUGUCAUCUCUGGUAACAUGCCGGUGGACUCCUGGUAUGAGGAGCACCAGGCACAUCCUUUUGGUCGUGAACCUAGCAAUUUAUCCACGGGACAUUUUUCACAAGUUGUGUGGAAAACCAGUGAAAAACUGGGCGUUGGCGUUGCCACCCGCAAUGGCUAUACGUAUAUUGUGGCAAAUUACAGCCCGGCUGGUAAUUUCGUCGGCCAUUUUGCGGAGAGUGUUCUCCCAGCUGGUAGUCUUGCGACUCCGGAUCAGGAGCGAGUGAGUUUUGGGGAUGAAAUUGGUUUUGAUCAGUUUCAACUUGAAGCGCUCAAGUAUCACAAUGAAUAUCGCAAGAAACACAAUGCUCCGCCGUUGACAUUGAAUAAACAAUUGAGUAUUUUUGCUCUGGAGUGGGCGCAACACUGUGCGUUUCAUGGAAUGUCGCAUCGGCAAAACGAAUAUGGUGAGAAUACCUACAUGGUGUAUUCGUCUGAUUUUAGCUUUACGCCAUGCGCCAGAGAUGUAGUCAGUACGUGGUACGCCCAAAAACGGCAUCAUAUCUUUGGCUUGGAGUGCGUGAAUAUGAACACGCUGCAUUUCACGCAGUUGGUGUGGAAGGAAACCAGUGAAAUGGGUAUUGCUCUGGCGAAAAACAGCAAAGGUGAGACGUACGUGGUCGCCAAUUAUAAUCCUAGGGGCAAUGUGGUUGGGCACUUCAAUGAAAAUGUACUGAAGGCCAAGGUUGUUUGACGAUUACCUAAACGGCGAAUUAAGUCGAGCGAGAGGUAGAUUGGGACUUAAUAGAUUGAAGAAUGAGCACCAAGACGGGUAUGAAUCUAUCAGGUGAUAUUUGCCGUGCCAGUAUUUGAUAUGUACAUCAAGAAAUGUUUCUUGUUCGCGGAUUUGACUUUCGAAUUGUCGUUUCAUAUAUUGUAGGCAAUUUUGAUCACAUUUUUAUCCAACUAACAAAUUAUUGUGGGAUAGGUAGUUUGAUCAUUGUAAAUCCAAUCCUUCCAUGGUUGAUUAACCAUCUUGUUACUUGAACUAUACUAAUUAACAUGUUAUGUAUUUAUACAUAUAUUAAUAAUUUUCACAACAUAAAUACAAUGACAUAGUUCAAAAUAA